AUGUCUGCAGAAAGCAUCCAGACCCAAGUCAAGAGGAAGAGGAGAUGGAGGGAACUCUGGCGACAGAACCGUAGUGUUCUCCUCAUGGCCCUGGCUCAACUGAUCUCCUCCUUAACCGCCGUAGCUGCCAAACUGCUACAGACGGCAGCUCAAGAGAAUGAAGCCCUGGACACAGGACAGGUUCUUAUCACAAUGAUGAGCUUCGUAAUAACUCUGAGCUGGCUCUGGAUACUUAUCGCCCGAAUCCCCGGCGUGCCAUUUCGCAAAACCAAUCUCUGGCUACUGGUGACGCUUCGAAGCAUCACAGGAGUCUUUGGGAUCUGGGGCUUCUACUAUUCUCUACGUGCCCUUCCCCUCUCGGAGGCCACUGUGAUCAACUUCCUCUCCCCGAUGGUAGCCGCAUAUGCCUCCAGCCUCCUGGGAAGAGUGCCGCCAUUCCCGCGGACGCAGCAACUCGCAAUCGCCGUCUCUUUCCUGGGCGUGGUCCUCGUCUCCCAGCCGUGGGAGCACAUCCAGUUUGCUGCCACCGACAUCCGUCCGGAAACCAGUAAUAGGCGCUUCUUCUGCAUGGGUGGGAUGUGGGGCCUCCCGCAUUCCACAGAGACCAGGUCGAUCGAGCGGAUUGCGGCCGUAGGAGCCGGUCUGGUGGGCGUCGCAGGCGGGGCCGCCGCCUACGUCGUGAUGCCGCUGAUCGGCCAGGAUGCGGAUCCGGCGGUGACGGUGAACCAUUUUGCGACCUGGGUCGUUGGGUUGACCGCGUUGAGCUUGGCCAUCACCGGUGUUGACGCGUGGAGGAUGCCCCAUCCGGCGGAGUGGGCGCAGCUGGUGUUUCUGGGGGUGUCUGGGUUUAUCGUCCACAUGUUGCUAGCCACGAGUAUGCAGCAUGGAGGCAGCCCCCGGACGUUGAGUAUGGUUUAUAUCCAGAUUGUGUUUCUCUUGAUCAUGGAUGCGGUGGUGUGGGGCGAGAGUCCGAGCUGGGUGAGCGUGGGUGGGGGGAUGUUGAUUCUGGGCAGUGUGGUGACCACUAUGAUGCUCAAGGGGCGCAGGGAAGACGGGGCAGCAUGGAAGCAGAGAUCCAGGAAUGAAGUAGCUGAUGGUGAGGGAACCGAGAUGAUAGCUGCAAAGGAUCACCAGGAGUCAUCAUUCGCUUAA